AUGGCCCCGUCCGUCCCUGAAAUCGCGGAAACCGCGCAACCCCCGCCGAACAUCGAGGUCACGAACCUCCAGUUCACGUAUCCCGGAAUCGACGGCCAGCCGCCGCCCGGCGCCAAGCCGCUGAUCGACGGCUUCUCCCUCACGCUGCACCCCGGCGAUCGCUGCCUCCUCGUCGGCGCGAAUGGCGCAGGUAUGUGUGCUUCAAUAUACUAUGGCUCAGGAAAGAGUUUUGGCUUCUUCCUCACGCUGCACCCCGGCGAUCGCUGCCUCCUCGUCGGCGCGAAUGGCGCAGGUAUGUGUGCUUCAAUAUACUAUGGCUCAGGAAAGAGUUUUGGCUUCUUCCUCACGCUGCACCCCGGCGAUCGCUGCCUCCUCGUCGGCGCGAAUGGUGCAGGCAAAACCACCAUUCUCAAGAUCCUGGGAGGAAAGCAUAUGGUCGAUCCCUCCAUGGUUCGCGUGCUCGGCCGUUCUGCCUUCCAUGAUACCGGGCUCGAGGCGUCUGGCGCUCUCACAUACCUGGGCGGCGAGUGGCGCAGGGAUGUGGCAUUUGCUGGUUUCGACGUGCCAUUACAGAUGGAUAUAUCGGCCAGAAAGAUGCUAUUCGGCGCUGCUGCAGACCCUGCCAGGAGGGAGCGGCUGAUCAAGGUGUUGGAUAUCGACCUGGAGUGGCGGAUGCACAAAGUAUCAGACGGGCAGAGGAGACGCGUGCAGAUUGCAAUGGGAUUGCUGAAGCCCUUCAAGGUUCUCCUGUUGGACGAGAUCACAGUGGAUUUGGAUGUGUUGGGCCGAGCGGACCUCAUGUCGUUUCUGAGGGAGGAGUGUGAGCAGAGGGGGGCAACGAUUGUGUAUGCUACACACAUUUUUGACGGGCUGCAGACGUGGCCCACCCACAUCGCGUACGUGGCAAAGGGCAGGCUGCAGUUCACCAAGCAGCUGUCGGAGUUCCCAGAGCUGGCCUCAACCACGCUUAUGAGAAUGAUCGAGGCAUGGCUUCGACAGGAGCAGCAGGAGGAGAGGGAGAGGAGGAAAGCAAGGAAAGCCUUGGGAUUACCUGAAAGGGAGGAGCUGGGAGGAGGGGAGGGGACGCGGGUGGUGGGGGACCCUGCCAAGAAGGCAGCUUCAAGAGUGAUGAAUAACGGAUGGGGGCAAGGCAGGAUGUUUCCCACAGUGAAGCUUUCAGAUGAAGAUGCUGCUAAGCUGUUUGACCUGACCUCCAAUAGGGUUCUAAGGAUGUAA